GUGUGGACGUUUCGAUACGUUAUUGUUUCGUUUCGUUCAACUUUGAAAAUUUUUCGUGGUUGUUGACGCCGCUUAGUGAAAAAUAUUCGUAUGACAAUGCAAUGCUUUUGAAGCAACUUUACAUCAAUAUAUCGCAGGCUUACUGUUAAAAAGCAGCAGACAUAAUUAUCGCGUAUAUCUGAUCUGAAUGUCCGGUGCAUGGUGCUGAAUUCCAUUGAGAGAAAAAAAAUUAUAUUCUACAAGUUAAUACUUGACUUGCGAAUGCUGCCCACUUUGUUGCAAAAUACGCAAACUUGGAAUUCGCGUUUAGAAUAUUAUCGUUGAAAUUCCGUGUAUAAACUAAAGUCGGUAAAGUGACUUCAAUAACCACAAAAGUCUUGUGUACUAAAUGGAACCUAAAUAAUGCAGUAAUAAUGUGUUGCCUACGCGCUUAUAAAGCAAUUCGAUUCUUGGUUUAAUUAUGGAUUCGAGGAGCUUUUCGGCAAACAUGACAAUAUGACAGCAAAACGCGACAAGGAUUAUUCCAAAAAUAAAACGUCAGCUGGAACAGGAUUCUCUGCGUCAGCAUCAACAGGAGCAGGAAAAUCAAUAGGUCUAGUCACAUCAACUCAAAAUGUAACAUCAUCUCAGGAUAUCACGAAGCGAACAAAUAAGCCACUUAUGGAAAAACGACGACGGGCACGUAUUAAUCAAAGCUUGGCCAUACUGAAGGCUCUUAUUUUGGAGUCGACGAAGAAUCAGUCUAAAACCACUGAUGGACAAACAAAACAAACAAAAUUGGAAAAAGCCGACAUACUCGAGUUGACUGUGCGUCACUUUCAACGGCACAGAAAUCUCGAUGAUCCAACUAUAAAUAAGUAUAGAGCUGGGUACACGGAUUGUGCAAGGGAAGUUGCACGUUAUCUAGCUACACCUGAACCUCCACCUCUUGGAAACAUGCCAUCACUGUCGGAACCGGGGUCUAAAGCACGUCUUCUAAGACACUUGGAUCAAUGUAUAGCUGAAAUCGAUAUUGAAAUAUGCCCCCAUUCGACAGCAACAUAUGCCGACAGUCCAUCCAGUAGUUGUUAUGAUAUCAACACCGCACCAAAGAAGACGCAACCGGACGACAAUUCCCUGGAUUACAGCAGUCAGGACUCUAAUCCAUUGGAUUUCAGUAAAGCUGCCUCUAAUGUUUUAGUGUCCAAAGCAACAUUUGUUAGUCCGGCCGGAACACCAGUGGCACAUUCCACAAAUUCGCCUUGCUCAGAGCGCCUUAGCUCACAGGACGAGAAUAAUAAUCCCGAUGGAGUACAAGGCAGCACUGGUUCAAGUAGGAGUGAGGGAAACAUGAGGCCGAUGGCUGCUAUUAACGAAUUACAAAAUACCAUGGAUAUUAAUGCGGUGCAGAGUUUUGAAGAGCGCAGUAAAAUGUGCUCGAAUGUGUUGGACACAUAUAAACAUCUUAAAGUAAAUGACCCUGCUGGGAUCCUUGUGCUUCCUCCACACUAUGUUCAAUUAGCGGCAGCAUUAGGCUUAAAUACGCAUCCUGUCAUGGAUGCAAUUACUACACGCACGGAUUUUGAGCGUCUAAUCGAAAUGAAUCACGUGCCUCCUUUACCGGCUCAAAUUGCCGGUAAACUAAAUACAUACGGCGCACUGCCCGGUGCAUUGGAAGCCGCUCAAGCGGCUGCCGCUUAUGCAGCCACUACAUUGGCAGCGAAAGAAAAUGGUAUAGCAAUAGCAAGCACAACAGCGUCUGUAGGUGGAAAUCUUAAUAUCGAACGGCCUGCCUCUGUACUUUCAAACGCUACUUCCGUCGCUUCAACUUCAAUGAGCUCCAUGAUGUCCGUCGAUUCGCAAAAAAACGCGCAACAACAACAACAUCACGCUUCCCGCUUGGAUGGUGUAGCAGCAACGACCGUAGAGGCAGCACAAUUAAGUAUAGCUAACAAUCAGCUAUCAGCAAAUCUAGCAGCUGCGGCAGCAGCAGCGGCAGCAGCUCAGCAUCAAUUGAACUUAUUGCGGCCAAAUGACGCUCUAGCUCGACAGGAGCAGCAAGCGCAGGACGAAAAUAUGUGGAGGCCAUGGUGAGCGGCACAUACGGGUAUCUAGUAUAUACAUCUGUUGACUUACUUCAAAGCUUAAAGCGUAUGAAAUUGUAAAUA